AUGGAUAUAAAACAAAAACGCUGGAAAAGACACAUAAAAAGGUUCUGGAUGAGUGUAAAUAACAUUAAUUUGGCGGCCUUUUAUUGGACUGUUUUUUGUAGAAAACUGAAACAUGAACCACAUCAUCAACAACAACAUCAACAACAACGACAUCAACUUCCACGCAACAGCAUCCAUCGAUACAGCAACAAGUGCGAAUGGCUGACGAACGAGACCUUUUUGAAGGACUUGGAAGAUGAUAGUGUUGACGCCGAUAUCUUGGAUGAGGAGUUGAGACUCAUACAUGAGCAACAGCCAAAAACUACAAAAAACAUAGACAACACGAUCAAAAGAUUUAAGAAGCAUAAAUUUAAUGUCGACUUAUCACGUGGUAACAUCAACAACAAAGACAUUUAA